UCUCUUUUUCUUUUUUCUAUGCGUUUUCAAUGCUUACAUGUAAUUUCUUGAAUUGGGUCUUUGUCAUUUCUUGUGGUUCUUGAGCUUUUUGUGUGAUUUAUUGGGCAGUUUCUCUAAAGGCUCUACCUUUUUCUUCAUCCCCACCCCCACCUUAUGCAUCAAACGCCUAUUUCUUGUUUUUUUUCUUUUUCUUUUUUUUAAUUUCCUGUUCAGCUGCUAAUGUUCUUUUGUUUUUGCAAUGAAGGUCCUGUAGGGAAGAAGUACAAAAUAUUUGUCCUCUGCUAGGAUUUUUUCAAUUUCUAAUUGGAGAUAGUUGAAUGGUCUCUGAAUCUGGUGAUGGGGGAUCAUUUUGUGUUGUUGGUGGAUCGUUUAUUAACAGAAUCAACUUUAGAAGCUGCAAUUACAAGCAGAAACCAAUUGCUGCAAGCAACAGAAUCAGCAGUUGGUGAAACAAAAAUUGAUAUAUCUUCAAAAAAAGUGGAUUUUGGAGAUGUAUCAACUCCUGGAAAAAUAGUAGAGUGCAGGAUUUGCCAGGAUGAGGAUGAAGAUUCCAAUAUGGAGACACCUUGCUCCUGUUGUGGGAGCCUGAAGUAUGCUCACCGUGGAUGUGUUCAGAGAUGGUGCAAUGAGAAGGGCAAUACCAUGUGUGAGAUAUGCCAUCAGCAAUUCAAGCCUGGCUAUACAGCACCACCACCUCUGUUUCAAAUUGGACGUCUCCCAAUGAACUUCAGGGGAAAUUGGGAGUCUUCCAGAAGGGACUUAAAUGGUCCCCGCUUUAUAGCAAUGGUGUCAACUGAUCAUAAUUUCCUUAAUCCUGACUAUGAAGAAGAGUAUUCUGCUUCAACAAGAAACUUGAUCUGCUGUCGCUCAGUCCUUAUAGCCUUCAUGUUUCUUUUGAUUCUACGACAUACUCUCCCGGUCAUCCUUACCAGAACAGAUGAUAUUUCUUUUUCAUUGCUUAUGUUGUUAUUUCUGAGAACUGCGGGGAUCAUUCUUCCAAUAUUUGUUAUGGUGAGAGCAGUAACUGCUCUGCAGCGCCGACGCUUUCAACAGGAGCCUCCAAAUGCAUCUUUCGCUGCACCUGAAGAAGAAACUGAGCAAUCAACCGUGCAGGCUCGGCCACACACAAGCAAUGUUCAUUAUUAGUUAGUUAAUGCGUGCCAAAUCAAAGUAUUUUCACAAUAAAUCACUGGGAGCAAGCUUGUGAUCAACAGCUUGUGCCAAUCUUUAUGUUGGUUGUGUUUCAAGUUAUGUGAGGAUGGCUUCAUUGUCAGAUAUGAAGGAAAGAUAGAAAAAGAGAAACUUCCAGGUGAUUCUCUCACCGGGAAAAGUUUAACAUAGUAUUCUAGUUCCCUGAAAGGUCUGAGAAGGAGGCAGCAGUUAUUGGAAACCUGUAGAAACAAGUUUCAAGUAUGAUGUAGGGUGUCAGUUGUGCAUUUUCUAUGUUGAGUCGUCAGAGUAUUUUGUACAGUCAAAAAUAUAUCCAACUGUAUAUACAAACAUAUAUACUAAGAAAUAUAACUAUUAGCAAUGAAGCA